AUGUCAGACUCAUCUAGUUCGGAAGGUGAAGAGGUUGAGGAGGCGCUACAAAGAUCUGUCAAGCAUUCAAAGACUGAAGAGCACCAUGAUGGUGGUUCUUCUGACGCAAACGAGGAUGACCAACGCAAUGAGCAGGAACCAAAGACGUUCAAAGAAUUGGUUUGUGCCGUUUAUUGGAAUUUUGGAUCGUAUCACUACUUCACUAUCAGCAUCAUUGUUAUAUCGAUCCUGCUACCAAAAUUGGAUUACAAGUUCGAACGCGAUCUGUUGACAGGUGUCUGUGAGUCACUUUGUGAGGCAUGCGAACGACUGGAUUGGAAAACUCCGACAAAAAUUCAAAUAGCGGCUCUUCCACACGCACUCUCUGGAAGGGAUGUCAUCGGCUUAGCUGAAACAGGGUAUGUUGUGCUCCGUUUUCUGGCACCGUAA